GCCACAAACGAUAGAAGAUACUAUUAAACAUGAGGCUCAAGCUAUGGCUCCUCCUAAGUUUAGGUCCUCGGUUGUAACCGUUGGAACAAGCCAUUGUGGGAGCAACCAGUCUACAAAUGAUCAUCAGGUGACACAUCCUCAGUUUCCUAUGAGUGAUAGAAGCAAGAACGUCGAACAAAGACUUGACACUUCGUCUGGUGGCUCGUCCGGUUGCAGCAAAGAAAAUGAGAGUGGAAGAAGCGUAACCAUUAGCCGUAAAAGAAAACAUGUAAUGGACACUGAUCAAGAAUCUGUGUCUCAAUCUGAUGUUCGUCUUAUGUCAACCGAUGAUCAAAUUAUGGGUAACAACAAAUCCAGCCAACGGUCAGGAUCUACCAGAAGAAGUCGUGCAGCUGAAGUUCAUAAUCUCUCAGAAAGGAAGAGGAGAGAUCGGAUCAAUGAGAGAAUGAAAGCUCUUCAAGAACUUAUACCUCAUUGCAAUAGAACUGAUAAAGCGUCGAUUUUGGAUGAAGCCAUAGACUACUUGAAAUCACUUCAAAUGCAACUCCAAGUGAUGUGCAUGGGAAGGGGAAUGGCAGCAGCAGCAGCGACUCCGAUGAUGUUUCCAGGUGUACAAUCAUCUCAGUACAUUAAUCAAAUGGCUAUGCAGAGUCAGAUGCAACAGCCACAAUUUCCGGUUAUGAACCGGUCUGUUGCACAGAGUCAUCCCUGUUUAGCAUGUCAAAACCCGGUUAUGCAGCUGCAGAUGUAAGCACAGAACCAUAUCUUAUCUGAGCAGCUUUCGAGGUACAGGGGUGGCUUUCCACCGAUGCCCGCGACUACUCAGGUGCAACAACAACCUAUGGAAGAAACUCAAAUCAUUAAAAAAUGAUACUGGCUCCUAAGAUUGUAUCAUUUAGUUACUUGCCUGAUGUUAGAAACUACUGAAACAGCUCUUUUGUUUUUGUUUUUUCAGAUUUUGUUGUGUGGUUCUGUGAGUGACCAGGCCGUUUGCUUGUGUUAGCUGAUUCCUCUGUGGCCUCGACUAUCUCCAUACUCGCUGUUCUACUCUUUCUGUUCCUCCGCU